GGCACUUUGCAACGGGCAGCGGCUAACGGCUAAAGGCAAACGACUAACGGCAAACGGCGACGCUUAACGGCACCACAGCAAAGAAAAAGUCAAACGCAAGUUUAGCCGUAAAGGACACGCGGCCAGUGCUUCAUGUGUCCAGGCAGCGGGCAAUGAAUCAAGCGAAUCCCCCAGAUACAAGAUACAUUCAGCGGCUCUAGCUGCGGCCAUCCCCACAUCGCUGCGAUUGCCGUUAGCAUCGGCAUUAAGCAGUGCCAACUGUGUGCAGUCCGCAGUCGGCAGUCGGCAGUCGGCAGUAACUUGUCAGCAUCAUUGGGGCCGACAGCGGGCCAGACGAAAUUCCUCGCGCCGGCAACAACAUGACAGCCGCUAAGUGGGGCACCGUCACAAGGCAGACGCCCCAAAAAUAGACGCCGCAACGCCGGCAACACAUCGGAAAUGCUCCUCCCCUCCGCCACAGUGUUGCAGAUGCCGCCAUCCCAGCCAUCCCAGCCACGCAGCAGCAGCAGCAGCACCGGCCUGGUGCUGGGCGUCUGUCUCGACCAGCUGAUGCAGCAGCCCCCACUCAAGAGGUUGCCAGACAACGACAACACCGAGGCAGAGCCAGAGAUACCGAAGCAGCCGCAGUCGGCAGCCAGGCAAGCGCCCUGCUUCAUUGUGCUCGUCUCGCUGCUGGAGCAGAUCCUUGUCUUUGUGUACGUCGGCGCUGCUCCGCCGGAGGAUUCGUUGCUCAUCUAUCGACCGGAUCGCCGUCUGCAGCUGUGGCGCUUCGUCUCCUACGCCUUGCUCCACGCCAGCUGGCUCCACCUGGGCAUCAACGUACUCACCCAGCUGGUCUAUGGCCUGCCGCUGGAGCUGCUCCAUGGCUCGGGACGCACGGCUGUCAUUUAUUUGGCUGGCGUGCUGGCUGGAUCCUUGGGCACCAGCGUUGUGGACUCCACGGUGUACCUGGUGGGCGCCAGUGGAGGGGUUUAUGCUCUACUAGCUGCCCAGCUGGCCAAUCUGCUGCUCAAUUUCGGACAGAUGCGUCAGGGCUUCGCACAGCUGUUUGCUGUCCUUAUCUUUGUCUCCUGCGACCUGGCCUACACGCUCUACUGCCGGCAGUUGCCUCUGACGGAGCUGACGCCCAACAUCUCCGUCUCCUACAUAGCCCACAUGACGGGCGCCCUGGCGGGGCUCAGCGUCGGGCUCUGCCUGCUGCGACAGCUGGAUGGGAGCCUGCGUCCACGUCUGCUGCGCUGGCUGGCCUUGGGCGUGUGGACCGCCUUCAGUGGCUUCGCCCUGGCCUUCAAUCUGAUCAACACAGUCACGGCCCAGCUGCUGGCCGAGGAGGAGGGCGAGGUGCUCAAACAGCAUUUGCUGCACGAUCUGGGCAUGGAGCGCUGACAGCCACAUCCAAAGACUGAGCCCAGUCAAGCCUCGAACUAUACUCAUAUCCGAACAAUAGACUAGUCAUUAGCUCAUAAGGCAUUCCAGGACAACGUGCUCAAAAGAAUAUACACAUCUAACAUAUAUAUAUCUAUAUCUCUAAGAACUUGCCCCGACAAGUGCGCUCAAAGGCGAAAAGGAAUCGAACGAAUGCUAACAAUUAUCUUAUGUAAAUGCCAAAAAGGAGUUGGAGGAAGCAAACUCCCCAUUGUUAAUCGAGCGAGGCUCAAUUCAGAGACUUCAAACUGUGCCGCUUAAGACAAGAUCCUAGUGCUAUGCAUCCUAUAUAU